AUGUUGGUGGAGGCAAGCCGCAGGCGCGAAGUGAUGGUGCGAGAGCUAGAGAUUCUCUGGAAGCGCCAAGUUGGCAAAGAUGCCUAUCUGAAAAGCCACGAUCUGACCAUUCUCCAGAUUUUGCAAUUCAGCAUCUAUUGCCCGCGUACUCAGACAGGACCCCAGAACAAUAUUUCCUACGAAUAUGCCGAAAGUAUUUGCUACUUUUAUGGCUCGAUCAAAAUUGAGGAAGAAGUUGAACGGCAUCUCAAUAAUCACCAAUGCGGAGCUGUGGCCGUAGCGGGUGAGUUUCCGAAUUCCAACCUUCACCCCUUAUCGUGGGCUGAAGAACAAAGUUUUGUGCUUAUGGUGCUUACGACCUAUGCGGCAUGUGCGGGUCCAUCAAUACGUGAUGCUGUGUCAAAGACUGUACGGCUACACACAGGAAGAAAUCUCCAGCUAAUGGUUUUCGACCCCGAUAUGAGCCCUGCGCCGGAUGAGUUGUAG